GAGAGAAGGGGGAGAAGAGAGAGAGAGAGAGAGAGAGAGAGAGAGGGAGAGAGACGUUAGCCGUACGCAGCGGCAGGUUCUACUGAGAAGAUGGUUUUGCAGCUGAGCUGAUAAAGUGUCGUCGUUUUUCACUCGAAGACUCCACAAACUUCCUUUUGUUGCUCUUCGUUUUCCACUUUUAUCCAGCAUGGGGCUCGGCGGAGCUUCCGCUUCCACUCUCUGUCUGAUAAUGGCGACUCUCUGUGCGGCGGCGAUGGCAUGUAGCAACCAUUAUGAAUAUGCUAUCGAGGAGUUCUGCCUGGCCAAGUUCAAGCUGGACAUGGAAGCUCUGGACCAGCACCACUGGUGCAGCUGGGAGGACACAGUAGAGUCCUAUGGUGAGCUGACGAACUGUACAUACCUGGUGGCGCUGAAGAUGAACUGCUUCUGGCCAAACAGGCUUGUGGAUGAAUUCUUCAUCCGCGUCCACCGGCACUACUUCCACGACUGCUCGCUGUCGGGCCGGCUGCUCCACGACCCGCCCAACCGCAUCUUGGGGCCUUUCAUCAUAGUUCCCAUACUGGUCACUUUGCUCAUGACUGCCCUAGUGGUGUGGAGGAGUAAGCGCAGCGAGGGCAUCGUGUAGGGCAGCCCUGUAUACCAAAGUGCCCCUGGUGUAACAAACAUCCUGAAAACACACAGGACGUUGCUACGACAGAGACUUCGGCGACUGAUGUCUUGCAUCUCAUCGACUGGUUGAACAGUAAAGCAACCGCAUACAUGCCACAUGCUAACAAUGCUACUGUACUGAUGACUGCCCAAAUAUACACGAGCUUUAUGAAGGACUUCGCUUCAUAAAAGCCUGUGUCGUAUUCCUGUAGGGGCCUGGAUGGCAGAAUUUGAAGCAUGACGAUACCUCAUUGGUGGAUCGGUUGGACCGCAAGACUGACCCUGGCUGAAUAAACCUCAUUUACCACAAAUCUAAAGCAGAGGAAAGACGCUGUUGUCUGUGUGUGACGGACCUGCUCGUUGUCUGCAAACGUCGAACUGAACAGCUCGCACUCAUACGUACUUACUUUGUGCAUCAUGCCAAACGCUGAAAACAUUUAUUAUAGUGAAUAUCGUCGUUGUAGCAAAACCUCGUAUCUCCAAAAAUGGUAAUAGGAGAAAAAUGAACAGGUGGAAAUGAAGGGAACAGCUGGUGUAACAAAAACCGAAAAAAGAAUGAAGCUACGAGGUUUUGAUAUGCUGAUUUUUUUAUUUAUCAAACAUAGAAAAAAGCAUUAUGAUGCCACAGUCACCAUGCCAUGUAAAUGCCAAUGACGUUUGAAUUUGAAUGACAAUGAAGAGACAAACGAUGAAAUAAUUGGAUGAAAUGUUUUAAACAAGCUAGAACUUAUUGGGUUUCACCGAAAAGCAGCCAGUUACACCUUUCGCCUGAAUGGACGACGGAUUCCCAGGAUUUUAAUUGCCUUUAGUCGCACUGAUGUGUUAAUUGGGGAGUCGCUUUAGUCAUUUGUAACUCUAAUUGCAUCUUCAUUUGGAGAGUUUGCUGUUUGUAAAGCUCACUGGGCUGCCAGCUCCUGUAUCCGAGGGAUUCUUUCACUGACUAGGCCUUGCGUUGAAAGGCUGACUUUACUUACGUCUAUCGAAAUGCUUUUCUAUUAACGUGUCUCAGAAACGACUGGCUGAGCAUCCUGCGUCUAGAACGUGGCAGCUUUAAAAGAAAAACAUCCAGUAGAUGGUGUUGACCUGCCUGGGACUCAUUAUUGUAAAAAUAACGCACAUCUGUGAUGUGAGCAUCUCUGUCACUACUGUUCCCUGUGUCAGCACUUCAAAGGCCUCCGCAUCCUGGGAGAUUUGUAAUAAAGUCACUGGCCCUCA